AUGAGAACCUAUUUUCUCAAAAAAUUUAAUGUACUACUACUGGUUUUAUUGCAUACCUCAGAAUCUACUCUGGGAUUCAACUGGCCAGGUAAACUUGCAGAAGUUAAGUGCAUAGAGAGAGAAAGACAAGCACUCCUCAAGUUCAAGGAAGGCGUUUUGGAUGAUGCUGGCAUGCUGUCUACAUGGAAUGAGGAUGAGAACAAUGGAGAUUGCUGCAAAUGGAAAGGAAUUCAAUGCAACAAUGAAACAGGUCAUGUACAGAUGCUUGAUCUUCAGGGUCACGAUGCAUAUUUGACAGGUUCAAUCAAUAUUACUUUAUUGACUGACCUGCAAAAUUUGGAAUAUUUGGACCUCAGUUGGAAUGAUUUUAUUUAUGUUCACAUUCCAAAACUCAUAGGCUCCUUAUCCAUGUUAAGGUAUCUCAACCUCUCCUAUUCUGAAGUUAGUGGGAGUAUUCCUAGUGAAUUGGGAAAUCUCUCAAAGCUGGAGUAUCUCAAUCUUAACAAUAAUCAUCUCAUUGGAGCAAUUCCUGUUCAACUAGGGAAGCUUACACGUUUGCGAUAUUUGGAUCUGAGUGACAAUGAUGAUAUUCGUGGUGAAAUCCCUUAUCAACUUGGAAAUCUAUCACAAUUGCGAUAUCUUGGUCUUGGAGGAAGUUCACUUUCUGGAGUAAUCCCUUUUCGUAUUGGGAAUCUUCCUAUGUUGCAUACUCUUAGGCUUGGCAGCAAUUUUGAUAUCAAGGCCAAUGAUGCAGAGUGGUUGUCUAAUCUCUACUCCUUGACAAAUCUUGAGUUGAUAUCUUUACAGAAUCUUGGAUCCUCUCAUCUCUGGCUACAAACUAUUAGUAAGAUUAUUCCAAACUUGCAAGAGUUGAGGCUAGUUGAUGGAAAUCUUGUAGAUAAUGAUAUUCAACUUUUGUUUGAUUCUCAGUCUAACUUUUCCACUUCCCUUACCAUCCUAGAUCUCUCCAAAAAUAUGCUGACUUCAUCAGCAUUUAGAUUGUUGUUCAACUAUAGCCUUAAUCUUCGGGAGCUUUAUCUUUCUUACAAUAAUAUUGUUUUGUCAUCUCCUCUAUAUCCAAACUUUCCUUCUCUUGUGAUCCUUGACCUCUCUUAUAAUAAUAUGACAUCAUCAAUAUUUGAAGGUAAUUUCAUCUUCUGCUCCAAACUUGAAACGCUUAAUCUACAAAACUGUAGUCUUAUGGACAGAAGUUUCCUAGUAUCAUCUGCUUCCGUGACAAACUUUUCAUCUUCUCUUGUCUCCCUUGAUCUCUCUAAUAAUCUGUUAAAAUCACAAGCCAUAUUUGAUUGGCUUUUUAACUUCACCACCAAUCUUCACAUCCUUACCCUUCUUGGUAACUUGGUAGAAGGUCCUAUACCAGAUGGAUUGGGGAAAGUAAUGAACUCACUUCAAGUACUUGACGUUUCUUCUAACAAACUACAAGGUGAGGUUCCAGUUUUCUUUGGGAACAUGUGCACAUUGCAGGAAUUAUACCUUGGUAAGAACAACUUGAGUGGAGAAAUUUCUAGCUUCUUUCAAGAUGCUUCAUGGUGCAAUAGAGACAUUUUCAAUAGUUUGGACUUAUCUUAUAAUCGGAUCACUGGCAUGCUACCUAAAAGCAUUGGAUUACUAUCCGAGUUGGAAACUUUGAACCUGCAGGUGAAUUCUUUGGAGGGUGACAUCUCUGAAUCACAUCUUUCUAAUUUUUCCGAAUUAGAAUACUUAUACUUGUCAUACAAUUCACUGUCCCUAAAAUUUGUCUCUAGCUGGGUUCCUCCUUUUCAAUUGCUAGAAUUGGGACUAGCAUCGUGCAAGUUAGGUUCAAGCUUUCCUGGUUGGCUCCAGACUCAAUAUCAAUUGGUAUUUCUGGAUAUUUCUGACACUGGGCUUAAUGACACUGUACCAGAGUGGCUUUGGACCAACUCGCAAUAUAUGUACUUGAUGAAUAUGUCUCACAACAAUCUUGUUGGUUCGAUUCCAAAAUAA